AUUUUUUGUCGUGUGUUAAGAACCUUAAAUCCUCUUUUUACCAGAUCACAGAUAAGUUUGCAAAAAUUACCAGAGGCACUGUUGCAAAUUAAAUACAGUUUAUUGAAUUCAUAAAUGCCUAUGGACAAAAAUGGUCAGUUUAUUUUAUUGUAUAAAAAUGACCACACUAAAAGUAGGAGUCUAUGCUGGCCCUGGAAACCUAUAGCUGAGAGACAUAGUUAAAACCCAAUUAAAUAAAGUUAGACUGCUUGGGGGAGGAAUAAUAAUAAGGAAAACAAAAAUAACUAAAUGCACCUAAGUCCUCCCCAACAAAAACACACUCACACAAAAAUCCCUGGUGAAUACAGCAAAGAAAAGAAAAACUCUCCUUCCACUAGUCUCCUCAAUCUAAAUAAAACUAUGCAGGGACAGCAUAGGUCCUUUUUUGUUUAAAACAAGCCAGAGGGCUAGACAAUAAAAACUCCCCUUCCUUUAACAAAACCAAAAAAAAAAGAGAAGAAAAUACUUUGGUCAAUAAUAACUAUCCAAAAAAAAAAAAAAAAAUUCUAAACUAAAACAAAAACUGAACUGAAACAGUAGCAGGCCAACCUACACACAAAAGAGAUCAAGUUAGACAAGCACCUUAAGUAGCCAGAUAAUAAGAAACUGCCUUUACCUUCUCUAAAGUGAAACGGCGCUCUGUACAUGACUCUCUAGAGGUAUGUUACCUACAACAAUCAAGUGGAGGAAUCAGAAAUUAUUCUGAACCCACCUCACGCUCAAUGUUAAACAUAUCUCUGCACGAAUCAUCAGCCUGGGAUCUGAUCUCCUCAGCGAUCUACCUGCUUUUAAAUGUAAAUGCUUAUUACCUGUCUCUUCUUUAUUUCACUUUUUUUUUUGAUAAGGAAUUACUUACUCAGAGGAUUUGGGACAAAUGGUCCAGGGAUAUUUAUUUGUGUACUACCGACACAAACUGGUAUUCCAGAUCUUUUUAAGGAAAUCUACUCUCCAUACUUCGGAGUCUUAUCAAAAUCUUUUAAAAAGCAUCAUCCAAACUGCUCCCAGUAACAAAGCCGUCCUCUCUGAUCUGCUAAGUUGCCUUUUUCUUGGAAAUCUUAAUCCAGAAAGGCUUGAAUAUAAAUACUGGUGACAAACGUUGCCUUCAGGAUCACUUCAAAAACCAGAUACGUUCAAGUAGUUUUGAAAAAAGAAGACAUGGUUUUUUUUUUAAAGAUUUAAGAUAUUUGGUAUCUUCUGUUGUUGCUUUAGUUGUCUGACAAUUAUGCCAGAUGCAUUUAGUCAUUAUACAUGGCUGCCAUGGCCUGUAGGGCCUCAUCUGUUUUAGACUAGAUCCACAGCAUUAAUCUUAGCCCUGCUGGAGAGACAGUAACACUUUUAUAACAACACAGCAGGCCUUGGGAUCACCACUGACCCAGCAAGUAGCAGAUCCUUUACUGCCCCCUUGUGGACUGUUCCCCCACUACCAGUCAUUAACGUCCAGAAAACAGGAUGUGGUUGUAGUAAUAUUUUAUAAAAGAAUUUUAAACAUCUUGGCAAUUAUUUUAAUGAUGCCCUGUUUAUAUUCCAACUCUACCAAAUGUCAGCAUCUAAAAAUCUUUUCUGCAGCUGAAAUGGACAAACAGCACCGUCUACACCUGCUGCCAUUUUGCUAAGCGAUAGACAGGAAAGAAUAGGGAAUUGGAAUUUAUGUGAUGUAAUUGUGAAAAUGGUCUAUAUCCCCUUUGAGGCAAUGUGCGUCCCGGCAUGGACUAAUAUUAAUAAUAUUAAAUGUUAAAAUACCUAAUAAUUUAUUGAUAUGUCCAGGAUAUGUUUUCAGGAACAGUAACUUUUUUUAACACCCAGUACUCUGAUGAAUUGCUUUUAUUCAGAUGAUCAUGUUAUCUGAAUAAUCUCUGUGAUUCUAAUGUCUCACUUUUUAAAAUGUAUCAUACAUCUAUUGUGCAAUGUAAGUUGAUUGAUUCAGCUUAGGGAAUGUGUAUCAAUAGGUGGCUCCAUUUAAUAACUUAAAUAUUAGUUUAUUGUGACCAUUGCUAAUUUAAUACAGAGAAUAAGUUUUGAUUGAGUGACUAACGGGUUUUCCAUCAAAUUUUGAAUUUGCAGUGUACAAAAAAAAAACAAAAAAAAAAAAACUGAGUCGUGUUUUAGAAACCAAACAUGUUUAAGAUGUUUAAGGACCAUCAUCCAGAUUAGUGAGAAAAUCUUUGCUGUUGUUCGCAGACAUCCCCAGGGAUUAAUUUGUAAUCAUUGGAGGGACCACCAGAGGGAGACAUAUUUCAGAGGAGUACAAAGCAAAACAACAAACAAAAAAAAAUUACUCUUAUAAUAUUAUCAUUGUUUCAAUUGCCAAUGACGUUUCCGAUUAGAUUUGUGCUACAAUCAAAUUUCACAACAAUACUUUUUUUUUUUUUUUGAUCAGUGACCGACCAAAAUCUUUUAAACGAAAUCCGCAAGAAAAAUCGUCAACUUCUACGAGAUUUCUUAUUUCAUCCUCGAUUUCUUAGGUGGCCUGUAUCCUUCAUUCUUCAAUGUUCUAGUCUUCUAACUUAGGGUAGUUUGUGUUUUAUUCUGCUUAUAGAAGCCUUGAUGCAACAAGGGAGUUUUCUAAAUUAAAAAAGUAGCUAAUCUGAUUGUCAACUUCAAGUAAGUUGCAAGUCUUACUGAAAUUUUAGCUCAAUGAUUCAAGAUGGAUUAAAAAACCCGCUGAGGUACUCGGGCUAUGAGGUAAAAAAAAAAAAACACCCACAAAAAAACAAAAAGCUAAAUAAGAGCUUAUUUUUAACACCGCACAACUAAGUCUGACUGUUGCACUGCAAGAAAUAAACCAACUCAAAAUGUUUUAAUAUGUUUUAUAUGUAAAAUAUAUCAUUUUAUCCUUUUAGGACCAGCUUCUCUAUUCUCAGCCUGCUCACCACCAUCACCAUCAUCAGGCUAAGAGUUCCUAGUUGAAGUUGCUUCAAGUGUCCUUGCUCCAAGUCCUCAUUUACCUCUGUUUUGAAUAAGUCCACGCAGGACACGCGUGCCUUUGCAUGGAGGUUUAGCUGCAACAAAGGCAGAAAGCUGCAAGGGCAAAUCCCGGGCGGGAGAGAGGGAAGGAGGGUGGAGCCACGCUGGAACUCUUAACUCCAAAAGGCUUAUUCCCGCUCUCACUACCAAGGUGCCGGGUUCCGCGGUCCGCAGGAACAACCCCCCCAGCAAGGCCAUGCACGGGUUCCGGACUCAGGCCAAGUGAUCGCCAUCGGCAGUAAGAUUCCUCCGCAAAAGGAAAAAUAAAAAUAAAAAUCAUCUGGGGGAGGAAAAACAAACAAGAAGAUUAAAUCUCCAUCAGAGGACUUUGGAGAUUAGGCUGCCUGUGUUUGGCAUCUCCGAGCUGCUGACUCGAUGCCGCGGAGGAAAAAAUGACUUGUGACUCGGGCCUCUGAGGGAGCGAUCAUCCGUGUCCGAGCUUUUUUUUUUAUAUAUAUAUUAUUUUUAUUUAUUUAUUUUUUUUAAGUGCCGACAGGCACGGGCCGAAGCAUGCAGCACCCGCUGGACAUGGGCGCCCACUACUACCCGCCCGACGUCCAGCCGGACCACAGGACUCACCGCUACAGGAGUUUCAUGAUAGAGGAAAUUCUGACGGAUCACCCGGAGCACAAAACGUCAGCGCCGGCCGGAGAGCUGCUCAAGUUCGGGGUGCAGGCUCUUCUGUCCGCCCGGCCGUUUCACAGUCAGCUGGUGCUAAAAGACGACCAGGCGAACCUCCUCAAGUUCCCCUUGUCCUGCACGCUGGGCUCCCCGCUUCUGUCCGCCGCUCCGGGCCUGCAGGUCGGACCCGCCGGCCACCACCUGCCGCUUGACCUGCACCUGCGCGGGAAGCUGGAGCACGGAGCCGACGGCGGCGGGAAGAGCAAGAAGGGCCGGCGGAGUCGCACCGUGUUCACCGAGCUGCAGCUGAUGGGCCUGGAGAAGCGCUUCGAGAAGCAGAAGUACCUCUCCACCCCGGACAGAAUAGAUUUGGCCGAGUCUUUGGGCCUCAGUCAGCUGCAAGUGAAAACCUGGUACCAGAACAGGAGGAUGAAAUGGAAGAAAAUUGUUCUACAGGGAGGAGGGCUGGAGUCCCCCACCAAGCCAAAAGGCCGACCAAAGAAGAACUCCAUCCCCAGCAGCGAGCAGCUCUCUGAGCAGGAACGACCUGCUGGCGACGCCGACCGUCAGUCCGAGGGGUCAAGCUCUCACUUCGAGAACACACAGGAAGAGUGAAGCAAUUCAGCUGGACUCGUGGAACCGCUGGGACGCUCAGCGCUCCUUUAGGAGAACGCUUCCAAGAGACCCGAUAUGCUCCAGGAAGCAGCCGUGUGGUUUUUUUUUUGGCGUUCCCUCAUGAUGAACUUGCUGCUGUUCAGGAAGGAACUCAAACCUUUGCAGUAGGUCUGUUUUCACCUUCUAAGGACCCACUUUUACUCAUCUGUUUUGCAUUCCUUUUUAUGUAACUGUGCUAUGUUUAAUUAUUAAAUAUAUUUUCAGUAA